AUGAGUAAGAUGUCUCCUUGGAAACGUUUAUUAUGGCUAAAACAAGAGUAUCCGGAUAACUAUACAGAUCCAAGCUUUAUUGAGCUAAGAAUAAGACAAAAUAACGAAAGCGGUAAGAAGUCCAAUAGGAAAUUAUCUGAAGCCGCAAGCUCUCAAAUUAGAUUGGACUUUAUAAGUUUUUACCAAACCGUUUUAAACACAUCCUUCAUUUACAUUACUUUUACUUACAUUUAUUACUACGGUUACAAUCCUAUCCCGCCAACUAUUAUCCUUUCUUUCCUAACAUUGGUUAUCUCAAGGAAGAAAGUUGACCCUUUAUUAUCCUCAUUCAUCGACAUCAAAUCUUCAUUAAUCAUCACGUUCGCAAUGUUGACGCUCUCCCCAGUCCUCAAAUCGCUUUCUAAGACCACUGCAUCUGAUUCUAUAUGGACGUUGUCGUUUUGGCUAUCCGUAUGGUACGUUUUCGUUAUUUCUUCAACAAGUUCUAAACACAAACCCUCUAAUCUCUCUACUAAUAUACUUGUUGCCCUAGUUGCGGUUUUAUCAUCAAGACUAUCAACCACGAUUGACGUAUUUUGUUUUCUUUUAAUUUGUAUUCAAUUGAAUAUCAUUUUACCCAGUUAUCUAUCAGUGACAAGUAAGGUGGUACCAAUAAUUUCAAAUAUCAUUGUUUACUCCUUCCUUAACGUUACUCUCGGUUGGAUCUAUAUGCUGUUGGUUUUUUUUGCUUCUGUAUUUUAUAUUAUAGUUUUACCUAGGUGGUUCAUUUACUGGAAAAUCAAUUAUCAUAAAAAAGAUAACGAUUUACUCAGUACAUGGGAUGCAAGAGCUCCGAUUUUGGAUUAG